AUGUCCGAUAUUAUCAAAGAGAAACAGAGUGAUGAAGUUGAAGCGGAAAUCGAACAGACUUUCUUCGAUUCUAAAAACCAUGCUCAAUAUGAGAAGGAUAUUGGAAUUUUAGAAGCUGUGAAAAAGUAUCCUAAAGAAGUCUUCUGGUGUUCUGUUUUCUGCUUAGGGGUGGUCAUGUCUGGUUAUGAUUCCCAAAUCAUUUCAUCAUUUUAUGCUUUGCCAGCAUUCCAAAAAAGAUUCGGGGAUUUGGCAGACGAUGGAACCUACCAAAUUAGUGCUGCAUGGCAAACUGCCCUUGGUAUGGGCUCCCCAAUUGGUCAAGUUAUUGGUACUUUGGGGAUUGCGUGGCCACUUGAAUGGUUUGGAAGAAAGAAGACUUACUUCGUUGUUAACAUUGGAUGCUUGGGUUUGAUCUUCAUGCAAUUUUUUGCUCCUUCUUUGGGAGUUUUGACAGCCGGGGAAAUCUUGGCUGGUAUUUUGUGGGGUUGUAUGGUUUUGAUUGGUCCUCUUUAUGCUUCAGAAGUUGCUCAAAUUAAAUUGAGAGGUAUUUUGACGGCUAUGAGUAAUUUGUGUUUCAUCAUUGGUCAAUUCAUUGCUAAUGGUGUCGCUGAUGGUUUUGCUAAUAAUUCCACAGAAUGGGCCUAUAAAGUUCCAUUUGCCAUUCAAUGGCUUUGGCCUUUGCUUAUUCUUGCCUUGCUUCCAUUCGCCCCAGAGUCCCCAUAUUGGUUGGUGCGUCAAAAGAAAUUUGAUGAAGCUAGAAAAUCAAUUAAACAAAUUUCUGCGAAAUCUGUUUCUGAUGAGCACAUUGAUGACAGAUUGCAAUUGGUUAUCGAAACAGAUAAAUUGGAACAGGAAAUGAACCAGACUACUUCCUACAUGGAUAUCUUUAAAGGCAGUAAUCUCAGAAGAACUGAAAUCUGUACCGUUGUUUAUGUCGUUCAAGUUUUGUGUGGUGUUCCUUUUGUCAUGAAUUAUAGUACUUACUUCUUUGAGCUUGCUGGUUUACCAACUAAAAGAGCAUUUGAUUUAUCUCUUGGUGGUACAGCUAUUGGUUUUGCUGCCACAUGUUGUACUGGGGUUUUAUUGGCGUAUGUUGGUAGAAGACCACUAUAUAACACAGCAUUGGCUUUCACUACUGUGUUAUUGUGGAUCAUUGGUUUCAUUGAUAUUCCAAAGAACUACUUUAAUAGACCUGAACUUGCUAAUACUCAAGCUGGUUUAAUGUUGGUGUGGUCCUUCGUUUACCAACUUUCUGCAGGGCCUUUAUGUUUCGUCAUCAACGGUGAAAUUCCUUCCACUAAAUUGAGAAGUAAAACUAUUGCUUUUGCAACCGCUGUUCAAGCAACUUUCUUUGUUGCUGCUACUGUUGCUUUACCAUAUAUGUUGAACCCAGGUAAUGGUGAUUUGCGUGGUAAGACUGGUUUUAUUUUCGCUGCUUUCUCUACUUUGUGUGUGGUCUGGGCUUACUUUAGAUUACCAGAAACUGCAGACAGAAGUUUUGAAGAAUUGGAUAUCAUGUUUCACAGAGGUGUUGCAACUAGAAAAUUCAAAAACUAUGUCAUUGAAGCAGAAGCUGCUAUCUAA